UUGGAAAAGGAAAAUGAGCAAUUGAAGAAUGAUUUGGAAACGAAGGAAAAACGCAUUCAACAACUUUAUCAACAAUUCAAAACGUGGGUUUUUUCUAGAGAAAUUUUAGUGAUUUUAGAAAAUUUACAGUAAAUGCUGAAAUUAGAAUUUUCAUACUUAUUGAAAAAAUUUCAAUUCUCAGCCAGAAAUUUCUUUCAAAUUCACUGAUAUGAAACUCCUAACAAAACGUCAUUUUUAGUGUUUUUUUGUCAUUUAUAAAAUAAUUUUUAGGGAGGAAGCGACAACUUCGACUUGGAAAUUUGAAAAUGAACAAAAGACGAAAGUUCUGAAAGAGCAAUUGAAACAUGUUUCUGAAGACGCAAAUCGCAAGGAAAAUGAAAAUAUUGAAUUGAAAAUGCGAAAUAAUGAACUGGAACAAAAUGUGAAAAGUUUGUCGGAAAAGUUGAACGAAAAUCAAAAAUAUAUUGGAUUUCUUGAGAGCAAUAUGAGUUAUGGAAUUCCUCCUGGAUUAUCUUUACAACAAAAUCAUAAACCAAUUUCAAACGAAGAUAAAAUGAAGGAAUAUGAGAAGAUUAUGAAAAUUGAUUUUGGAAGUUCGCUGGAUUCAAUGACCAGAAUUGUUAACAAAUUUAAGGAGAUAAAAUCAAAAGGAAAUUCGGAAAUUGAGAUUUUCAAAGAGAAAUGCUUGGAUUAUGUGAAAAUGGUUAGCGACGAAUAUAAAAAUAAUAAUCUGACGGCCGAAAUUCCGGAUAUUCCCCAACCGUUUUCUUUGGAAUUUAUGCAGAAUUAUGAGAGAUUAUUGAAAAAAGGGCCGAGUCCAGUGAAAUGGGAAAAGAUUGAAAAGAAGGAAAAAGAAAAGGAAUUGGAGGAUAAUGAAUGUUUGAUUUGCUUCUAUGAUAUGGAAUUUCAUCAUCGAUCGACGAAAUGUGAAAAUUGUUCAAGGAAAUUUCAUAAAGAUGUGAGUUUUUGAGCUAGAAUUUGGAAAAAAUAGAGGUUGUGGCACCCAAAAUAUCGACGUUUUUGAACAAUUCACUUGACUUGUUUCCUAUGGUUUUUAAAGAUGGAGUGCGAGAUUCAAAUAAUUUAGGCUCAUUUGAAAGAGAAAUUUUGAACUUGUUUUACUAAUUUUUGAAAAGCUUCCAUCAAAAAUCCUUCGAGAAAUGUACUAAUUGCAACUUUCUCUCUCAAAUCAGCCUAAAUUAUUUUAAUCUCACACUCCACCUUUAAAUUAUCAAAAUAUCUGGAAAUUCUAAAUUUGCAACAUUUUUUUCUCAAAAAAAUGAAUUUAGAAUCUUUUUUUUUUGUAAAUAUUUUGGAAGAUUUUUCUAAUGAAAAUGUACAAUAUUUUCUCAACAAAGCUCCGAUAUUCCAGUGCGUCUCCGAAUGGCUGAAACUCAACUCAAUCUGUCCAGUUUGCCGUGUAUCAUUACCGGAUCCAAAUGAAUAUCCAACCCUGUAA